ACAAAAUGGACGGGAGUGCAGAAGCGCGAAGUGUUUGAACGCAGUUGAAAAUUUUUCUUUCAAGGCAAUGGACAAUGUUGUACUUCGUGUUGAAGAUGUGCCUCCACCAGCAGCCAGACUCAUCAAUGUGCUGUGCUGUUCUAAUAAAAGAAAUGUCACUGUGCUGUGUGAUUUCAACACAGUAUGCAUCACAGCAAUACUGACAAAGGAUGGAGCUAACACAAUUACCGUGAUCAAAAAACUUGUAUUAGAAAAAGGAGAGCAUGCUGAAUGUACAAGCUGGUCACCUGAUGGUAAAGUCUUGGUGAUAGCAGGAAGAAAAUUACAUGUAUUUAAUGCUCAGAAUGAUUUCAAGAAAAUGGCCACUUGUGUCUUGUAUUACAGUGCCAAAGAUGUCAGUGUCAGUUUGCUUCCCGGACAACUCGAAAAUCACCAGUAUUGCAUCGCUGUUGCCGGCCCUAAUGGGGUUGAAAUAUACAAGUAUAUAAUGAUAGAUGAUUGGUGUCAAAUAGCAGAUGAUGACGUUGUACCGCUACAUGUAGAAUUACCGAUAGCUACUCUGAAAUACUCCUCAAAUAGCAAGUACCUGGCAGUGGCUGCUAUGGAUGGCCAUUUUGGUGUAUGGAAAACAGAUGCUGAGCCAAUGGAAGAACAUAAAGAUUUCUGGUUUCUUCAUCUAAAGACAUUGCGGAUAACAAAUAUAGCAUUUUCUGAAGAUAGUUGUAAAGUGGGUGUGUCAUGCUGGGAUGGUUCGUUCUACGUGUUCCAGCUGGUGUUCGGUGGCGAUACUUACAAAUGGGAACCCAUUAAAUACCAUGUGAACUCUCCAGUAGAGAAAGUAAGCGGCAUACUUCCUGCUACAUUAAUAACAUGGUCACAUUGUGAUCAAUAUUUCAGUUUAUGUAAUUCCAGUGAUAGCGGUAGUACAAUCUACACAUUUAAUAUAGCGAUGUCUACUGUCAUCACAACAGUUGUAUGUGCAAGUGAUGAUAAUAUCAAAGGUAUCGCAGUCACACAGGUGAACGAAGAAGAUUGUCUGGUUUACAUCACAAAGAAUAAGAAACUUGGUUUCUUGCGGUUAAAGUCAGAACCACGAUGCACAGAAAGAAUACCACUGAUGGAAGUAAACAAUGAAUGGACUAACAUUACCAAUAGUGCACAUGUGAAGUUGUUUUACUGCGAUAAUUCUAAACAACCAGUACUGAAAAUAAAAUACUGUAAUGCAUUUCUUGAGUGGAUACAAGAAUUUGAGGGAAUUGGAAAGUGUGGCAGUUGUCAUGAUGCAGAGACUUCAAAAAUUAUCCCUGGAUUGCCUUCCCAGGAAGAUAAAGCAGUAGAACAGCUCAACAUAAAACUGUCACGCAAAGUAGCAAAUGUCUGUGAAGGUGUAGUGAAGAGAAAAUCAGAAAACACACAGAGUGAAAAUACUGUCAGAUAUGAAGUUAUAACUUCUGCACAGGCUGUUGGAUUUCUUGGUGUGCGAUCAGCGCAUAUUUAUUUGAUGUCAACAAAGAGCUGGAGAUCGGUGGUUUUCAGAAGUGAAGUCGUGAAAGGAUGCCUUUGUGGAGGACAGUGGUUAGUAUAUAUAACAAAUGACAGUGUUUUAUCAGCUCAUAAUCUAUUGGAAAGCAGACGUGGACAAUAUCAUAGUGAGGUUACAAUAGAUAACCCUCUCAGUGUAGUCAUAGUUUCAUCACUGACUAAACCACACUGUGUUAUGUUAGAUCUGGAUACCCAUGGCAGUGGAUAUAUUAGUGAAAUACAAAUUGCAGAAACUCUUCAAGUAAGCAGAACCCAAAUAUAUCUACCGUUUAUGGAACGUGCAACUUUCACAAUUGUCAGUUCUAUUUUGCUGGGUCAGCUGAUUGUACUUCAUCAGUCAAGCACAGAGAAAUCACAUGACUAUUGUCAUGUUGUUGUACCAGGGGUUGGUUUGUACAAAAGCUUUCCAGUCGAGGCAGACCAAACAAUGAAGACUUUUUGUGAACAGAAUAAAGUAGAAUUGAGCAAGUUUCAAAAUCUUCAAUGAAAUGUAUACACCACAUUCUGUUAAAAUAGACUUUAUUGACACUAUGCAGCAUUAUGAAAGACAACUUUCACUGGAUUACUGAAUAAUUACAACAAAAAAAUCCUGCGUAUAUGCAACUGAAAAGGGCUUCAUUCAAAUCAUAGCCCCCUCUAUGGCAAUCAAAUCUAAAUCAUGUAUCUAGCUGUGCAUAAUUACGUAAUUUGUGGAUACAACAAGGCUAUCCAUCCCAUUGGAUGAUGGCGAUAAAUAAGUGUUUAGCAAAUAUCUGCAUAGAUGGGUCCAGCUUAAAAAAACACAAACUCUGGUUUACAAAUAUACAGAAAAUAUUUACAUUUUUAGUUUUUUAAUUGAUGCCUAGAUUCUUAAUAUUUCACCCCAGCAUUAAUUAUAUAAUUUCUGUCCAAAGUGAUAAAAGCUCUUUGCAACCUAUCACUUUCAUGUUCUUUUGCCGAAAUGACAAAUUCUGGGUAUUUUUGAGAAGGCUACUCCAAUGUAGCGGUUAUCAAAUUAAAUAUACUUAAGUGACAU